AUGGCUCAGUCCGUCAACUCGGAUUUUUACGACCCGCUGGAGGGCCGUAUACCCUCGGUCCGUUACAACCCUCAUGAUCCGGAGAGCGUGGCAUACAAUAUAGCUGCCUCUUAUAAGCGCACAGGAAAGAGCACUAAGAACUCCUCGACUCCACCGUUGUUCGCGCUCAUCAUUGGGAUCAACUACUACAAAAGCGACAAGAUCGGUGAUUUAAGAGGCGCGGUGCCUGAUGCUAAUGCCAUACAGAACUUCCUGGAGAAUGACCUUGGGGUGCCAAGAGAUCACAUCAGGAACCUCCGUAACAAGAAGGCUACCAAGGUUGCAAUCCUCACCGAGAUCCGCACCCUCUCAAUGAUGGAGCACAUACAUCAGGGCGAUCCCAUCUUGAUAUUUUACGCUGGGCAUGGCGGUUCGGCACCGGCACCGGACGGCUGGCAAGGGCCCAAGAUUGAAAUGCUUCUUCCAUGCGACUGCGAGGAAUUGGAUAACGUAUGGUCGAAUGUGAUACCCGAUCGUACGUUUGCUAGUCUUCUCGACAGACUUGCGGAGGCAAAGGGCGAUAAUAUCACCGUCAUUCUUGACUGCUGCCACUCAAGCUCAGGCACUCGCGGGGACAAUGCUGAAUGCAUGGUCCGCGGGAUCGACAUCCUGGAUUCUCCUUCGCCCGAUCUUGAUCGCCAAAUCUGGGGCGCUACUGUAGAUGGCAAGCGUGCCUCUCAACCUGCGCCAGGUUUUGCACGCAGUGGAUUGAGGUCACACGUACUCCUCGCAGCAUGUGGUGCAGGAGAGCGGGCUCAGGAAUUUAACAAGAGGGGGCGCUUCACGCAAGCUAUUCUCGAACGUCUGUCAAUGGCCGGAACGGCCAACAUAACAUACAAGGAAUUGAUCCAGCAGAUCACUCCCUGGGAGGAGCAGAACCCUCAAUGCGAAGGUUACAAUCAGGGUCGAGUGGUUUUCAAUUCUAAGGCACCCAACCUGCGGCGUAUGGUAUUCGAAGUUCGAUGGGAAGGAGAGAAGUACGUCAUGAAAGCAGGUGCUGCUCAUGGGGUUACCGAUGGGGCUCGCUUCGCCAUCUACAAGGACAGAAGUGUGACCUCAAAUACUUCGCCAUUAGGACACCUUACUGCCCAGAAAGUUGAUGAAUUCACCACAAUUCUCGCGGCUCCUCCCGGCGCCCCCCUAUUCGACCACGAUUCUAUCCGGUUUGCAUCUCAGACGCAUGCGAGCAUGUCGGAAAGCCUUCGCGUCCACCUUGACGAGAAGCUGGCUGACUUGUUUGACGAACCCAAUGUAGACCCAUCGACAGAGCACAGGAGCGUCGAAAUGGUGGACAAGGCCGACGCUGAAUUGGACGUCACGCUCGAGAAUGGAUUUGUCGUUUUCGACGUGCUGGAUGAGGAGAUCACACAAUUCAACUUCAAGCGCCUUCCGCACGAAGUUGAGCCUGUUAUUUCUGUUAUUUCCCUGGUCAUCCGCGAUGCAGUCCACUAUUACUGGCAUCUUCGGCGCACCAAUCUUUCACACCCUCUUCGAGAUCACGUCAAUUUGGAGUUCACGAAACUUACCGCUUUGAAGGACCAAUUCGGUGAUUUCUUGCAGCCUAUCACGACUCCUAUCGGAGAGAAUCUAGUUGGUUGUGAUAAGGUUGUCCGGCUUGUUAUCGACGACGACUCUUCCAUGUAUGGCAUCAAGAUUACCAACAAGUCGAACAUACCAAUGUUUGCGUCUCUUUUUUACUUUGACAAUAGCGACUUCAGCAUCUCGACCUACUAUCAGACGCCUACUGGGGCAGGAAGAGUCGAUACGCCCUUGCCUCCCAAUGGGACCCUGACCGUCGGCUACGGGUCAGGCGGCGCUGUGCCCUUCAGCUAUUUUCUGCGAGAGGGGCAAGAUGUCGACGUGGGACUAUUGAAGCUGUUCCUCUCCACGAAACACGUGGAUCUGUCAUAUGUGCCAGUACAAUCGGUGCUGAGCUUUCGCGAGUCUGGCCAGCCUCAGCGUCACACCACCGUGAACAAGCCGGAGGAAAUCACUUCAACGUGGGAUACAUUGACAAUUCCCAUUGUCCAACUGCGGCCUCAGCCUGAGAAAAUGAGUUCUGCUUAG